AUGCAUGUCACCAUAAUUGGAGCUGGAGUGAUUGGCCUGUCCACAGCACUGUGUAUUCAUGAUCAGUACCACCGCACAGUGCACCCUCUGAAGAUUGAGAUCUAUGCAGAUAAGUUUACCCCACUCACCACAAGUGAUGGAGCAGCCGGGCACUGGCAGCCGUAUCUAUAUGACAAUGGGAACAAACAAGAAACCCGAUGGAACAAGGAAACCUUUGAUUAUCUGCUAAAGUUUGUACAUUCGGAAGAUGCCCAAAACAUGGGGUUAUUUCUGCAGUCGGGAUACAAUCUUCUAAAGGAACCUGCACCUGAGCCUUCGUGGAAAGAUGAUGUCCUAGGAUUUCGUCAUCUAACACCAAGAGAGCUGGAAUUAUUUCCUGGAUAUAGUUAUGGCUGGUUUAAUACAGCAAUGAUGAUCGAGGGGAAAAGCUACUUACCUUGGCUUACAAAAAAACUACAGGAAAGAGGAGUCAAGUUUAUUCACAAGAAGAUUGAAAGUUUUGCAGAGCUUGCUGCUCAAGGAGCAGAUGUCAUCAUUAACUGCACAGGAAUUCGUUCAGGGCAGCUGCAGCCUGAUCCAGAUUUAAAACCAGGCAGAGGACAGAUUUUGAAGGUUCAUGCUCCUUGGAUGAAACACUUCAUUGUUACUCAUGAUCUAAAGACAGGGGUAUAUACCACACCAUACAUUAUUCCUGGGUCUCAGAUGGUCACUCUGGGAGGAAUUUUCCAGCUAGGGAACUGGAGUGAGGCGAAUGUGUCUCAUGAUCAUAAAUGGAUUUGGGAAAGCUGCUGUGAGCUGGUUCCUAGUCUUAAGGUGAGAGUGAUAUUCAUUCAGUCCUCUGCAGUCUGUACAUUAACUUUUUUUCCUAACUGUGUGAACAGGCAUUGUUGUUAA